AUGCAGCUAGAGCUGGCCUGUAUCUCAGAAUGUGAGAACGCUGAGCUGGCCUGUAUCUCAGAAUUCUGUAAGGCAGCCAAAGCUGACCUCGUCUUCUUGGUGGACGGGUCUUGGAGCAUCGGAGACGACAACUUCCAGAAGAUUAUCCGCUUCCUGUACAGUACGAUGGGAUCUCUGGAUCUGAUUGGUCCUGACGGCACACAGGUUGCUAUAGCACAGUUCAGUGAUGAUGCCAGAACUGAGUUCAAGCUGAACUCAUACGCUAACAAGGAAACGCUGCUCGACGCCAUCAGGCGAAUCACAUACAAGGGAGGGAACACCAAGACAGGCCGGGCCAUUAAGCAUGUGAAGGAAUCUAUCUUCACCUCAGAGGGAGGAGUGAGGAGGGGGGUUCCUAAGGUACUGGUGGUCCUCACCGAUGGCCGUUCCCAAGACGACGUCAACAAGGUCUCCAAGGAGAUGCAGAUGGAAGGCUACAUCAUCUUUGCCAUCGGCUUUGCUGAUGCGGACUACGGAGAGUUGGUGAACAUCGCCAGCAAACCCAGCGACAGACACGUCUUCUUUGUGGACGAUUUGGACGCUGUCAAGAAAAUUGAGGAGCAGCUGAUCACUUUUGUGUGUGAGGCUGCCACUGCCACUUGUCCAUCGGUUCUGAUGAGUGGCAACACCAUGGCAGGCUUCAGGAUGAUGGACAUGUUUGGCCUGGUAGAGAAGGAGUACAGUAACGUAGAGGGAGUGUCCCUGGAACCAGGCUCCUUCAACAGCUUCCCCUGCUACAGACUGCACAAAGACGCCCUGGUCUCACAGCCCACCAAGUACCUCCACCCAGAAGGUUUGCCCUCUGACUACACCAUCACCAUCCUGUUCCGCCUGCUACCAGACACCCCCCAAGAGCCCUUUGCAUUGUGGGAGAUCCUCAACAAAGACAAUGAACCCCUGGUGGGGGUCAUCCUGGACAAUGGUGGGAAGACUCUGACGUUCUUCAACUACGACUACAAGGGAGACUUCCAGACAGUCACUUUUGACGAGCCUGACAUCAAGAAGAUGUUCUAUGGCAGUUUCCACAAGCUCCACAUGGCGAUCAGUAAGACCACAGCCAGGGUGGUGGUUGACUGUAAGGUAGUGGGAGGAAAGCCCAUCAACGCAGCUGGCAACAUCAGUAUAGACGGGGUGGAGGUACUGGGACGCAUGGUACGAUCCAGAGGGAAGAGAGACAACUCAGCUCCGUUCCAGAUCCAGAUGUUUGACAUUAUCUGCAGCGCGUCCUGGGCCAGUCGAGACAAGUGCUGUGAGCUCCCUGGACUGAGGCUGGAGGAGGACUGUCCUGCCAUGCCCCAUGCCUGUAGCUGUUCUCAGGACAGUAAAGGACCUCCCGGACCCACAGGACCUCCCGUAAAGUCCUACUCCUGCCUUUAUUUACUGUCUUAGGGAAUAGGGUGCCCUUUUAACACACCGU